AUGGCGGGCCAUACCACUCGGCCCUCAUGGAUGGGCCUUUUUGCCUUGGGCCUGGCCAGCCUAUCAUCUGUCCAAGCUCUGGACUUGGAUGCAAGUAACGAUGAGUCCGUCAAGAAAGCAGCCAAGAUCGUCGCGACCGACAUGAUGAGCUACUAUACUGGUUAUCGACCUGGCGACAACCCCGGUAACUUGCCCGAUCCUUACUACUGGUGGGAAGCCGGUGCGAUGUUCAACGCUAUUGUCGAUUAUUGGUUUGUGACUGGCGACGACCAAUGGAAUGAGUGGACCAUCCAGGGUCUUUUAUGGCAGGCUGGUGACAGCGCUGCUUUCAUGCCGAAUAACCAAACGAAGACGGAAGGAAACGAUGACCAGGCUUUCUGGGGAUUCACAGCCAUGUCUGCCGCGGAACGAAACUUCCCAAAUCCUCCUGAUGACAAGCCGGGCUGGCUGGAAAUGGCUCAAGCAACCUUCAAUACGCAGGCUCCGCGCUGGGACGACUCUUCUUGCGGAGGUGGAUUGAGAUGGCAGAUCUUCACAUGGAACAACGGAUAUAACUACAAGAACACUAUUUCUACCGGUGGUUUCUUCAACUUGGCUGCGCGUCUUGCGAGAUAUACCGGCAACCAAACUUACGCCGAUUGGGCUGAGAGAGCGUGGGACUGGACUUAUAAUGUCGGAUUUAUGACUCACGAAUAUCACUUCUGGGACGGCGCAAGUGAUUUGAGCAACUGCACCGACAUGAACAAGAUUGAGUGGACCUACAACGCUGGUGUCUAUCUCUUGGGUGCAGCCAACAUGUAUAAUCUGACAGAAGACCAGAAAUGGAAGGAGAGGACCCAGAAAGUCCUCGAUGCGACCGAUGUCUUCUUCCAAAAGAACAUUAUGUACGAACGCGCAUGCGAGACAGUGAAUACCUGCAUGGUGGACCAACGUUCAUUCAAAGGCUAUCUUGCCCGAUGGAUGGCAGCCACCACUCAAAUGGCCCCAUUUACCUACGAUCAAAUCAUGCCCAAACUCAAAGCCACUGCAGAAGCAGCAGCCAAGACCUGUACUGGUGGACCUAAGGGAAGUUCGUGUGGAAUGAAAUGGACGGAGAAGAAAUGGGACAACACGAGAGAUUUUGGUCAACAGAUGGCAGCCCUGGAGGCUAUCCAGUCGAAUCUUGUUACGCGUGUUGCUGCUCCAUUUACAGAUAAUGACGGCGGCACUAGUAAAGGUGAUCCCGGUGCUGGAGGCAAGCCAGAACAGCCAAAGCCUGGCUCUUUGAUGCGUGAUAUCACUACGGCAGACCGUGCCGGUGCUGGUAUUUUGACAGCCAUGAUGAUGGUUGCCAUCGGUGGCUCAGCUGGAUGGUUAUGUUGGGAGUAG